GAUGCUCGAGAUUCCUCCGCGAUGGGACGCGAAUGGGGCCUUUUGUGCCCGCAGAAGAUGAGCGGGGCACGAGCCAGACCACGUUUCCGCCCCCUCCUCCAGCGGCGCGUCGCUUUGACUAACUCCUCGGCCGCCAUGCGUGGUUACCCUGGCAACAGGCAACAUACACACUUCCUACCUACAGUAAAGUUCAGUCAAAGUCAGCAGUGACCUAAAUGACAGGAAAUGGAACAUGCGUCUCUAUUGGGCCAUAAAACUGCUUGUCCCUGCAUGAAACCUGAGAUUCAAUUGGAUCCGGUCCUGCAGUGAAAUUAGAAUACGAGAGAGAGGGAGGGGCAGAGGGGAUGUCCCAAACACAGCCGGUGUGAAGGAUCUUCUGCUCUCAGCAUUAGUGGCUCACCUUGUCAUACAGCACAGCUGACGACAAGACAACAUGGCCUUCCCAAGGCUUUCGGGUCGAUCGUCCGUGGACAUUGCUAACGUGAUGCAAAAACUACAGGAUGAGCAAGAGGCAGUCCAGAAGAGAACCUUCACAAAAUGGAUCAAUUCUCAUUUAGCCAAGCAUAAACCACCACUGGAGGUUAAUGACCUUUUUGAGGACAUCAAAGAUGGGGUGAAGCUUUUGGCUUUGUUGGAGGUGCUGUCUGGCCAGAGACUACCCUGCGAGCAAGGCCGGCAGCUGAAGAGGAUCCACUGGGUUUCCAACAUUGGCACUGCACUUAAAUUCCUUGAAGGCAGAAAGAUCAAACUUGUUAACAUUCAUGCUACUGACAUAGCGGAUGGACGACCAUCAAUAGUCCUUGGGUUGAUAUGGACUGUUAUCCUCUACUUCCAGAUUGAGGAGUUAACCAGCAACCUGCCAGCCCUACAGGCACUGUCUAACAGCAACUCAUCUGUAGAGAGUAUAACCAGCUCUGAAACAGGAAGCCCUCCAAUGAAGAGGAAGGUGGUCAACAAAUUUCAGGGCAAUGCCAAAAAGGCCCUUCUCCGAUGGGUGCAGUGCACCGCAGCAAAGCAUCAUGGAAUUGAGGUCAAGGACUUUGGUUCCAGCUGGCGUGAUGGUGUUGCAUUCCAGUCAGUGAUACAUGCCAUCAGGCCAGACCUUGUGGACAUGGAGGUGGUGCGGAGGAGGAGCAACAGGGAGAAUUUGGAAGAUGCCUUUGUCCUGGCAGAAAAUGAGCUAGGCAUUCCUCGACUGCUGGAUCCAGAAGAUGUGGAUGUGGAGAAGCCAGAUGAGAAGUCCAUCAUGACCUAUGUGGCUCAGUUCCUUAAGCAUUACCCAAAUCCUCACCACACCGAGACAGAUGGCCAACAAGAUGAGCUGCUUCUUGGCUCAAUUCCAACUUUUGCACUGUCAGUGCCAGUACUUCAGAGAGAGGAGCGGAAGAUGCUGAGAGAGCUGAGGGUGUUUUUAGACCAGCUGGAGAGAGAUGUGCUGCGGGCCCAGGGAGCAGAGGGAAGCCUCACAGACAAAUAUCAGGUGUUUAAGAGCCUCCGUGUACAGUAUGAAAUGAAGAAAAAGCAGACUGAUACACUUCUGCAUCCAGUAAACAAGGAUGGUAAACUGUCUGUGGACCAAGCUUUGGUCAAGCAGGCGUGGGACCGCUUGUCUGCCAGGCUGCUGGACUGGCACAUCCAUCUGGACAAGUCUCUGCCUGGUCCUCUGGGGGUGAUCGGCGCCUGGCUUCACAGAGCGGAGAUGGCUCUGAGAGAGGACAUUCCCAUUCAACAUGCUCACGAAGAGACAGCCAAUGUUUUUCACAGAAAACUUGAGCAGCAUAAGGAGGUAUUAAAAAACCUGGAAUCACACAGGCAAACGUUCCAGCAGAUCCACAGGGACAGAUCAGUUAAUGGGGUACCUGUCCCACCCGAACAGCUCCAAGACAUGGCUGAACGAUUCAAUUUUGUGUCUACAUCCACACAUGAUCAUUUAAUUAAACUGGAAUUCUGGGAAAUGAAGUAUCGUCUGAUGGCCUUUCUCAUGCUGGCUGAGUCAAAGCUCAAGUCCUGGAUCAUUAAAUAUGGCAGACGAGACUCUGUUGAUCUUCUGUUGCAGAACUACCUAACAUUCACUGAAGGCCACAGGUUCCUUGAGCAGUAUGAGAUAAUAUUUACAGCCCUCAAGCAUGCUGCAGAAGUAUAUGUAAAGUCUGACAGUUCAAGGUCUAAGACCUGUAACAGAGUUGAUGAAGCAGAAGGGGUGAGUAAGUUUCUCAGUGAUACUACAGCUCAGUGGAAGAAUCUGUCCUUGGAGGUGCGGAGUGUCCGCAGCAUGCUGGAGGAGGUGAUUUCGAACUGGGAGAAAUACAGCAGCACAGUGGCAGCUCUGCAGGCCUGGCUGGAGGACGCUGAGCAGAUGCUGAACCAGUCAGAAAAUGCCAAACGUGAUUUCUUCAGAAACAUCUCACACUGGAUCCAGCAGCACAUGGAUAUGAAUGAUUCCGGGAACUUCCUUAUUGAAACUUGUGAUGAUACAGUUUCUCGAGAUCUGAAGCAGCAGCUUCUCCUUCUGAAUGGGAGAUGGAGAGAGCUGUUUGUCAAAGUCAAACAUUAUGCAAGAGCAGAUGAGGUGGAUAAGUUGAGACAAGACUACCAAGAUGGUAUUAAUACCCUGAAACUGUUCAUGGACGCAACUAAUGAGAAGAUGACUGCUCCUAUCCAAGUAUCUUUCUUGAACAUCAGAGCCUUUGUUCAAGAUGUUGAGGAAAUCAAGCACAAAGUGCCAGCUAUGGAAGCAGCUUCUAAGGCAGCAAGUCGAACAGCUCAGCUUUUAACCAAAGACACUCCACAUGAAGAGGUUUCUCAAAUGAUGGCUGUGAUGGCCUCCAUUAAAGAGCAGCUGAGCAAGGUGAGGGAGAGAUGUUUGCCUCUGCUGAGGGAGUCCCAGUCCUUAUUACCUCCACUGGAAGAAAUGGAGAAGAACAUUACGGGUUUCUACCAGGCCCUGGAAAAGGCCAGUCACAUCACCAGCACUGCAGACUCUGAAGGACCAGUAGACUUCAAACAGAAAUGCCAGGAGCUGGCGACCUUCACACAUAGUUGUAAAAAGUGUCUAACAGUGAUAGAGAAAAACCACCAGGCUAUCCAGAAGAUAAUGAACAGCAGCAAAACCCUCCAGCACAUGGAUAUGAGUCUUCUGCAGAAAAGAGUGGCAGACCUGCAGGCUUCCUCACAGACCAUGAUUAAAGAAUCUACAGAGUGGCGAAAGCAUGUAGAAGCAAACAGCAGCCUCAUGAAAAGGUUUGAUGAGUCACGGGUGGAGCUGGAGAAGGUUCUUAAAAUGGCACAGAACUGUCUGACAGAAAGAGGCAACCCGGAGGAGCUGCUCAAAAAACACACAGAAUUUUUUGGUCAGCUGGACCAGCGGGUCUUAAAUACUUUCCUCAAAGCUUGUGAUGAGCUGACCGAUAUUUUGCCAGAGCAGGAACAGCAGUCACUGCAGGAAACGGUCAGGAAGCUGCACAAACACUGGAAGGAUAUCCAGACAGAUGCCCCCUUUCACCUCCUCCACCUUAAGGUAGAGGUGGAAAGGAGCAAGAUGAUGUUGUCACUACAGGAGUGCCAGGCAGAGGUGACCAGGGAGAACCGCCACCUGGCCAGCAUGGGCAGUGAGAGGCUCAUCAAGGAGCACAGGGCCUUCUUCAGGGAAAAGGGUCCUCAGUCCAUCUGUGAGAAGAGACUACAAUUGAUGGAGGAACUUUGUCAAAAGCUCCCUGAAGGGGACCCUGCUCACCAGACCCUGGAAACAGCAAGAAAGGACUUCUCUGAAGUCCAGGACGAGAUUGAAAAUGCACAUCAGAAGCUAAUGCAGCAUCAGGACAAAUGGAAGGAGUACAAUGCAAGGUACGCUGAACUGUCCUGCUGGCUUAUAUCUAAAGAAAGCCAACUAAGGCUGCUGCGAAACCGAGCAAAUGACCCCAGAAAAUACAGCCAGGUGAAAUCUACCAUCACGGAGCUGAGGAAUGAUGCAGAGCUACAGGAGGGAAAUCUGGGCUGGCUAAAAACCCGCAUGGCCACACUGAUUGAAAUCUGUGCUGACAGCGAUGCCCAGAGGCAAGGAAGUGCACUGAGCAAGCUUUCUACUGAUUUUAAGGGUCUUCUUGCUUCACUCUUAGAGGCAGAGAAGAUGGUGCUGGCUGUCGGGGACUGUGUACAGUUCAGAGAAGAGGUACAAUGUACACUGGAUGAUCUCAUUGAGGGGCAGAAAGAAGCUCAGUCUGAAGUUACCAAAAUACUAAAUAGUCCAACUGUUAGAGAAGCACAACAACUUCUACUUGUUCACCAGCAACUUUCAAAACGGCUGAAGCUGAAGAGAAAGGAUGUCCAGCAGCUGAUCACUAGAGGCCACCAGCUCCAGACCGAGGAGGGUCUGGGGGAGGCUCUUCAGCAGGACCUGCAGAGUUUAGAGAACACGCUCAGCAAAAUGGAACAGAAUAUGGAUUCACAGGAGCAAAGUCUUGAGGUCACACUGGCAGCCUGGUUGGAGUUUGACAAUCAGCAGGAAGCAGUACAGGAGUUUAUUAACAAGGCUCGCUCAACAAUGGAGAGGGACCUGAACUUCAGCAGUCCUGAGAGCCUCACUGUUGAGCUUGACCAGGCUAGAGUGUUGUUUAAGCAGUGUGAAGCAGAGGCCUCUCAUAUGAACACAUUGCUGAAAAGAGCAACAGAAAUCCAGCUUGGGCCAAAGCACAAGUCUCUGCUUCUACAACAAGCUCGAGGCCUCAGUGAGCAAGUGGACAAACUAGAGGCGGGACUAAAAAAGGAUGUCAAGACUCUGGAAGAAAUGAAAAGUCAGUGGGAUCAGUUUGGUGCUAGGUUCGAAGCCUUCUCCUUGUGGAUAUCUGAAAGGGAAAAACAACUGGAUGAAUUGAAAUCUUCUACUUUGCCACUUGAGCAACAGAUCAACACAGUAAAGACUAUUGGUGCAGAACUUCAGGAGAAGGCAGAAGUGCCUUCUCAGCUGGAGGCAGACUCCCAGUCAUUGGCCCAGUUUGUGUCUUCUGGGGAGUCGGCCCGCAUUAAAGCUCGUCUGACCCAAAUUGGCAGGUAUUGGGAGGAGCUAAAGGAGAGCGUACAUCAGCUUGAUGGACAGCUAGAGGAAAGAUCCUCUCACCAGCAGAAGUUCAAAGUGAACCUAGAAGAGGCACAAACCUCUCUGAGUCAGCUACAUAGUAAACUGGAGUGUCCUAUUAAGUCUUGCACCUCUUCAGCAGAGACCUACAGAGCUCUUCAAAGCCACAUGGAUGUCUAUCAGUGUCUGGAAAGGCUGAAGGGAACUUUGCUGUCCCUGUCAGCUGGUGCUCGAAGGCUCAGUGACAAAGAGCAAGCAGAGAGGACUGUGACUGAACUAAACAGCAGUUAUGAGCAAAAUGUCUUGGAGGCAAAAGACAAACAGAGCACACUGGAGAACCUGCUUUCUGUUUGGCAAAAGUAUGAGAAACAGCGUUCCCAUUUUGUUUCCUGCUUGGAGAGAAGUGAGUCUGCAUCCAAACCAGAGAGUCAGUGUUUGUCAGCAGAUAAAUUCAAGCUCCACACAGAGCUAAAUGAUUUGCAGUCAUUGCACUCAGAAGUCCAGUCCCUGGAGCCUGUGCAUGCUGAGUUGGUGUCUCUAGGGAUGUCACUGUAUCCUACAGCAGCUGAUGAUAGAAUAAGGCAGCUUAAAGAUGACCUUGAGACCCUGCAGAAGAGACUUCAUGCUCAAAAUGAAGUCUUGCCUCAAAGAAUCAAAGAGCUUCAGAACCACUUAUCACUGGUUGAACAGUUUGACCAGGCCCUUAGUAGAUUCUCCCAGUGGAGUGAGUCCAUAGUUUCAAAUCUGCACUCAACUUCUCAAAUCAACAUUAGCAACCUGCAGUCUGCAGCUGCUCAAGCUAAGGAGACCCAGGUGGCGUUACAGAGGCAGUGCAGUGUAAGACAGAGCUUGGAGCAACAGACUGAGAAGCUCUGUCAGUUCUGUGAGCCUGGUGAUGCCCAGCUCCUCCGCAGCCGAGCGGAAACCUGUCUCCUGCCCUAUGUGGAGGCCCAGAACAUAACUGAGCUCCAGUUAGAAUGUCUUGAAAGGCUUGAGGCUUUUCUGCAGACCCAUAGUGUGGCAGCAGGGGUGUUGCGAGGUCUGAGACAGACUGUUGAGAGUGCUGGCAGCUGGGACCGGGGAAGAGUAGAGGAACUCCAACAGGAGUUGGGCACUAUUGUCCCUGAUAUUACCCAGCUUGAGACACUAGCUGCCAACCUGGACAGCAGUCUCUGUAAAAGCCACCUCCACAUUAGUACUGACGAGGGCUCUCGUAAAUCAUGCCGUAUACUGGCUGAUUCACUCAGUGCUGAACUUGAUGCAGUGAGGAACUUACUUGGGACUAAACAAAGUGAAGCAGAGGCCUUGGGGGCUCUGUGGGCCUCCUUCAGACAGCGUAAAGAACAGCUACUCAAAGCUGUGGAGGACAUAGAAGAAAAAGCAGACCACCAAAGCUUCAAAGAGCCCAGUCUCCAUGCGCUUCAGCAGAGGCUACGGUUUUUUAAUCAGUUAGAGGACGAGCUGGAGUCACAUCAGCACGAGGAACAGUGGCUGAGGGACAAGGGCAACCAGCUGGCCCAGAGAGAUGCUGAGCUGGCCGGGGAAGUGCUGAGAGAAAUCAACUUGCUGGACACUACGUGGGAGGACACAAAGAAACUCAUCACAGAAAGACAAGAGCAAUGCAGUGCCCUUGUUGAUCUUAUGAGAGAAUACCAAACCCUGAAAACCUGCAUCAGCAGCAUCACUGAGAGCACCGAACCUCUGAUUGACAUAAGCUCUGUUCUGAAGGACCAUGAGGAAACCAAGAGAUCAUUAACCAAGCACGAGGCAGUGAAGGCAGAUAUGGCUGGCAAGCAACAUGAACUUGAUCAGUUUUCUACCAAAGGAAAACAGCUGUUGAUUGAACUGAAGAAGAUUCCGGACUGUGAUUAUCAAAUGUUGAAAAAAGACAUGGAGAAACAUGUUGAUCAGUGGUUGGAUGUAUCUGAGAAAAUAGAUGACAACAUUGAUCGUCUAAACCAGAAUUUGGCUCUGUGGGAAGAUGUGCGUAAAAUCAGUGAGGACAUUGAAAGCUGGACAAGCAGCUGUGUGAUUGAACUGAAUGAAAGCCUUACCAACCUUAACGACAGCCAGAAGGUUAUGGCACGACUCUCAGUGUUACAGGCGGAAGUUUGUGAAAAGGAGCAGAAACUUGAAACCUUGCAGAGCAAAGUGUCAGAGCUAAAGACGUGCAGCCAGAGUGAAGAAACUCCUGCCAAACUACAGGUGCUGGAGAGUGACCUGCGCAAGAAGAUCACUACUGUUCAGAAGCUCCAUGAACAGUCAAGAGGAAACCUAAUGGAUUUUAGUUCCCAAAGGAAGCAGCUGGAGGACUACAUCAAUCAGAUGUCUGCAUGGCUAAAAAGUAUGGAGGAUUCCCUGGUGUCAUCGCCCACUGGAUCGGAUCCUGAGGACAUCUGCAGAGUGAAGGACCUUCAGAAAGAACUGCAAAACCAGCAAGGAAGCAUUGACUCCACUAGGGAGAGCCUUAACACCCUCUGCAGAAAAUAUCCCUCUGAGGAGCUGUCUGGUUUAGGUUCAGCACUCACCGACCUCAUCAAAACAUAUGAGUCUGUGAAUCAACUUUCAGCCAGGACGUUAGUUUCACUGCAAAACGGUCUUCAACAGCAGUUCAGUGACCUGGUUCAGGAGUUCCAUCGUUGGCUUUCAGAACAGAGAGAGAUAGUGAGAGAGUGUUGUGACCGAUCUGGAGACACUCAAAUUGUGGAACGAAAACUACAGAAACUUAAGGGUGCCAUGGAUCGUGUAGAGGAGGGUGAGAUACGUCUUACUCAAGUAUGUGAGGAGGGGGAGAAGCUCCUGCUUCAUCUUCCCAAAGCCAGCGCUGGCCAGGUCCAGCAGCAUCUUUCCUCCAUUCAGCAGGACUGGGACAGCUUCGUGGAGCAGUGCAGACAGAACCAACAGAUCCUGGAGGACAGUGCCUCCCUUGUAAAAGGGUUUGAAGGUCGGCUCAAGAAGCUCAAGUGGUGGUUGGAGCACAUGGAAAAAAGGCUGACUACGGAUCAGCUUGAGACCAAGCAGCGUGGUCCUGAAAAGGCUGUGCUCGAGCAAGUGGAGGAAUACCAACAGGAGGUGCUCAAAGAAAGGGAUUCUUUUGAGCGGUUAUGCCAGGAGGCCCAGGCACUAAAUGAAGGCGGGAGAGGUGACGGUAGCGAGACGAGAGUGUCGGCUCAGCUGCAGUCACAGCACCAGGCCUUGCUGAGGCGCGUAAGAGAGAGGCUGCGCAGCUGUCAGCUGACUUUACAGGAGCAACAAGCCUUUGAAGACACACUACAGACUACCUGGUCCUGGCUUAAUGGGGUCCAGGAGCGCCUGGCUUCACUCAACAGCACAGUUGGCAAUAAAGAGACCUUGGAGAAAAGGCUUGGUCUUGUACAGGAUAUUCUGCUGAUGAAGGGUGAGGGUGAGGUGAAGCUCAACAUGACAGUAGGAAAAGGAGAACAGGUUCUAAAACACAACAGAAUCGAGGAUCAGGAAGCCAUCUGUUCACAGCUACAGAGGCUGAAGGAUGCUUGGGCCAACAUGCUGAUGAUGUCUAUGAGUUGCCAUAGCCGUCUGGAGUGGACUGUGGCCCAGUGGAGCAGCUUUCAGGAGAAUAAGAGCCAGCUGCAGCAGUGGAUGGAGUCAGUGGAGCAGGAGGUGGGGAUGACUCUGCCUCAGCAGCCCGGCCUCAAAGAGAAGUCUGCUUUGCUUGAGCGCCUCAGAGCCAUCCAGGCCGAUGUGGACGCCCAUGCAGCAGCAUUAUCACGGCUGACGGAUAAAGCUGUGGAGUUGCAUGAAAAAACCAGCGACCAGGCCUUUGGACCAGAAUCAAGAGCAGAACUCAAUGCACACUUUUCUGAUAUCUCAGCUGUUGUCAAGGGCAAAGUGCAGUCCGUGCAGAACAUUGUGUCUGAGCAUGAGCAGUAUCUUGAUUCUGUGAGAGACUUCAAUGAUUGGCUGGUUUCAGCAAAAGAGGAGCUCCAGAGAUGGUCUGACCUCUCAGGAGACUCGCUCUCCAUUAAAAGAAAGCUCUCCAAGGUGCAGGAGUUACUUGACUCCAAGCAGCGUGGCAGAGAGCGGCUGAGCCGGGUUCAGAGAUCUGGAGCAGUGGCCAGAGACCACACUGGUUCAGGUGGUUAUGAGGCUAUGGAGCGAGAGGAAGCAGCCCUGUUGUCAUCAUGGGAGCAGUGGGAACGCGGAGCACUACAGACACGAGCCAGUUUGGAGACUGCCCUCUCUCAAAUAGCUAGCUCCGAACAAGAGUUUAUCAGUCUUUCAGCACAGUUAGAACAGGAUCUACAGGACUUUAUGUGCCACCUCCAGGACUGGCGUAAACGUUUGACCCAGGCAGAGGGGAAAGUUGAGGGAGAGGAGGCUGUUAAAGGCUGGCAAACAGCAAAGGAAACAUUAGAAGAACUUGUCAAAGCUGAACCCAUGUGUGAAAGUCUGAAGACGCAACUUAAUGAUCUCUGCCGAUUCUCCAGAGACAUGGGUUCGCAAUCUGAGAAGGUGUCUGCUCUCAUUAAAGAGUACAACAGUCUGAGUCUCCAAGCUUCCAGAGAGUGCCAGAGCAAAGAGAAGCUGCUGGAACAGGGGUUCCGCUCAGCCUGCAGAGAGUUCCAGCAGUGGCUGGUCAAUGCCAAAAUCAACACAGCCAAGUGCUUUGAUGUACCGCAAAAUCUGAACGAGGCAUCAUGCAGCUUACAGAAAAUUCAGGAGUUUCUAAGUGACAGAGAGCAAGGUCAGUCAAAGCUAAAUGCUGUAGUUUUGAACGGUGAGUUUGUCUCUAGCAUUGCAACUAAAGACAAGGUCGAUACCAUUCGAUCCAAAAUGAACACUGCUAGAGAGGACUGGAAGAAUAUGAUGUCCAACCUGCACAACAGAGAAACAAGUCUACAAAACCUUCUGUCUCAGAUGAAGGAUUUUGAGGCCAGUGCUGAGCCUCUACAGGAGUGCCUGAAUGCCACAGAGCUGGCUGUCCAGGAGAGCAGCACAAGACUUCACGAUCUCACAGCCAAGAAGCUAGAGCUUCACAAGCUGCAGUCUGUGCUUGAGGAGUUAUCCUCUCAUGAGGUUCAGCUCAGCAAGCUAAAAGAGAAGGCCCAGCUGCUGUGGGAUGAACACGCGGCCGGCAAGGGUUUUGUGCACCGUGUCUCGCAGCUCUCUGCUCAGUACCUAGCUUUAACCAACCUGACCAAGGAAAAGGCAUCAAGAAUUGACAGAAUAGUGACUGAGCACCAGCUUUUCUCCCAAGGGCUAAAGGAGCUUCAGAACUGGGUGGCUGACACCAGCCACAUGCUGCAAACCUACUGCACUCCCACCGCUGACAAAAAUGUUCUUGACAGCAGGAUGAUCAAGCUGGAGGCCUUGCUCACUGCUCGCCAGGAGAAGGAGAUUCAACUGAAGAUGCUGAUCACCAGAGGAGAGUCAGUUCAGAGAAAUACUUCUUCUGAGGGUGUACCUGCAGUUCAAAAACAAAUACAGGAGCUAAAGGACUGCUGGGAUGCUCUGCUUUCUGCUUCAAUCCAAUGCAAAAGUCAGCUGGAAGGAUCCCUGUCCCAGUGGACCAGUUACCAAGAGGAUGUGCACCAGUUUGUGUCUUGGGUUGAGCGCGUUGAGGAGAGUCUUGACCCCUCUGAUAAACAGUGUCCAGAGAUGAGAGAUAAAAGUGCUAAUCUGAGCAAAGCUAAGUUGCUAUAUGAGGAAGUCCUUAGCCAUAGCACCCUACUGGACACCAUUACAGCAAAGAGUGCCAGUAUUGCUGAGAACUAUGUGGCUCAGCUGGAGCUCCAGGAUCUGCAAGAGCGUUAUAACACAAUCAAAGACAACGCCAUGAGGGCAGUGGGUAAAGCAGAGGAGCUUAUCAAAGCCCACCAGGAGUAUCAACGUAGCCUUCAUGCGUUUGAGGACUGGUUGGAACAAGAGCAAGAGAAACUUGGCUGUUACACCCAACUGGAGGGUGAUGUUGACAUGUUGGAGGAGACUCUUCAAAAGCUGCAGGAACUGCAGCUAUACUGCACAGAGGGCCAGGCCUUGCUGAACACUUUGCUGGUCAGUCGGGAACUGGUCACUCCCUGGGGUCUGCCUCAGAUAGAAGACCGAACGCUGGAGUCCCUGCAGCAGGAGUGGAGGUCGUACCAGGCCCGGCUGGCCGACACCCGGGCUCAGCUGAACAGUGCCCUGGCUAAGCUCCGGCAGAUGGAGCAGAAGUUCCAGCGUCUUGACAGCUGGCUAAAGAGUAUGGAGACCAAAGCACAACUCCGUAGCAACCGGCGAUCAGAUCGGGCUACAAAAGAUGCUCAGCUCCAACUAAUAAAGAGUUGGCAGGAGGAAGUACUGGUUUAUCAAGAGGAAAUGGAGGGCCUCAGCCUCCUGGCUCAACAAGUUCUGGAUGAAACCCAUAUAAGCAGUCGUAUCAGUACCAGAGCCACCUGGAUCACAGCCCGCUACCACGCCCUACUUCUGCAUUUACUGGAGACCAUCAAACAUCUUCAAGAGGAGGUGUCUUGCAUUGAAGAGGCACAGGGUGUUUUCAGGACUUUUGCAGAUUGGCUCAACACAGCUCAGAACAACUUUAGCACUGUGGCAAUUAAUGUUGAUGUAGUAGACCGCUUUGCUAUGGAGAGAAAGAUGAAAAAACUAGAGGCUCUUCAGACAGAUAUGGAGCAGGGUCACAUUUACCUGAAGACAAUGAGGGAAAAGACAGAACGGGCCAUGGCGUUUUUGGAGGAGCCUGAAGCAGAACAACUAAAAGAGGAGGUGGACACCCGUCUUUUCCAACUAGACGAGCUGAUGGCUGCUCUGCGCACAGAGCACAGCUCCAUUGAGAAAUGUCUCUCACUCUCCAAAGACUUUAUGGAUAAAUACAAGAACCAGGCCCAGUGGGUGAUGGACACCAAAAAUCUUUUAGCAUCAAGUGUGGAGCCUAAAGCAGAACUCUACCAGAAAAAGGCUCAGCUUGCGAAGUACAAGACCAUCCAGCAGACAAUAGAGUCUCAUGAGUCAGCAGUGAAAUCUGUCCUCGAGAAAGGAGAUGCCCUGCUCAACAUAGUUAAUGACUCCACCAUAAAGGAAAAUAUGAAAAAGCUGCUGGCUGAUUACCAGGACCUCUGUUUGGCAGCUAAGACACAGGUCCAGAACCUUGUUGAAUGGGUGAAGGAGCAUGAGGAUUACAAUAGUGAAUUGCAGGAGGUUGAGAAAUGGCUGCUACAGAUGUCCAGUAGGCUGGUGACAUCUGACUCGAUGCAGACCAGCAGUAUGGAGAUGGCCACGCAGCAACUAGCCCGACACAAGGCAAUAAUGGAAGAAAUCUCUAGUUUUGAGGAACGACUUACCAGCUUGAAGCAGAAAGGAGAAGGUCUUGUUGCCAGCUGUACCGACCAAAUUCAAGCUAAAAUCAGUCAUCAAGUCCAGGCUCACCAACAGGGAGCCAGAGACAGCUACUCUGCCAUCUGCAGCACUGCCCAGCGUGUGUACCAGAGUCUUGACCGAGAGCUGCAGAAGCAUGUCAGUCAUCAGGACACACUCCAGCAGUGCCAAACCUGGCUUUCCACUGUGCAGAAGGAGCUCCAGCUCAAUGAUCAGGAGCCUUCUGGUUUGCAGGAGGCACUGAAACAGGUGAAGCACUACAGAGCCCUUCAUGAGCAAGCCAGCACUUACCUGGACCUGGUGUGUUCCGUGUGUGACUUGUCAGAUGAAUCCGUCAGAGUGUCUGCUGCUGAGGUUCAGCAGGUCAAACUCACGAUAGAGGAAAGGAUGUCUACUGCACAGGAGCUUUCAGAGGGCUGGAGAGAGAUCAAGGAACAGAAACAAGAUUUAACCAGCCUGUUCCAGGACAUGGAGCAGCAGCUGCUUAGUCUCUCUAGACGACCAGCAGAGCUGGAGACCAAGAUAGCUCAGAACAUGUUAACACAAGCCAAGGAAUGCAGCCAGCAACUGCUGUCUAAACAGAAUAUCUUGACCAAAAUGACUGAGACUGUGAGCAAAUUGACUGGUGGCCAGGAGUCUCCAGAACAUGCAGAGUUGGAUCGUCUGAGCCAUUCCUGGCUUGAUCUCUGUCACCAGGCCAGCAAGCUGCAGAUUCAGAGGGAGGAGGACCUGCAGAGGUCUAGAGAAUAUCAUGAUUGCAUCUCUGCAGUGGAGGUGCUGUUUGAAAAGGUGUCCAAAGAAUGGGACAAUUUGGCCAGAACGGAUGCUGAAAGCUCAUCUCAACACUUGGAGGCUUUACGAAAACUUGCAAUAACUCUGGAAGAACACAAAGGUACACUUGAGGAUCUCAAGGAUCAGAAACAGAAAGUCAUCCAACAUUUAAACCUGGAUGACAAGGAGCUGGUGAAAGAGCAAAUCAGCCACUUUGAGCAGCGAUGGUCACAAAUGCAAAACCUAAUUGAGAGGAAGAUCCAGGACUCAAUGGUGACACUGGACGAUAUGAGUCAAGUAGAGGCGCGGCUGAGAGAGGCCCGGGAUUGGGCAGAGGAGCAACAGCCUGCCUUAUCGGAAGCCAUGAAAAUGAGUCCGCCUCCUGAUCUAGCUCAGAGCUUCCUGUUUGACCACCUUAGCAUCUGCAGCGAAUUGGAAGCCAAGCAGCUUCUCCUGGCCCAAGCCAUGGCUGACGCAGACAGGGUCCUGGCUUGUCUCGGCCUCAGUGAACGUCAGCAUCUACAGCAGCUGAUUUGUGAUACACAAGCCGAGGUCGAAUCCUUGAGUGUGAAAGUGGUGCAGCGCAGAAAGCAUCUAAGCAAGGCUUUCACAGAGAGAACCCAGUUCCUGAUGGCAGUGAGCCAGUCCAUUUCCUGGGUCCAGCAGAAUGAGAAGAAGGCCCAGGCAGAGGAGUACAUUGCUUUGUUACCUGACGACCUGGCUAAACAGGUCAGAACAUGCAGAAACAUCCAAAGCAGUCUAAAAGCAUAUCAGAGCGAGUUGACCUCCCUGUGGUCUCAGGGUAGAGAUCUAAUGAGGGAUGCCAGCGAGGAAGAAAGGAAUGAGAUUCUCACAAAGUUACAGGAGUUGCAAAACAUCUUUGACAAAACCCUUCACAGAUGUGGCCAGAAACUCCAAGAGCUCGAAAAAGUACUUGUUUCCAGAAAGUAUUUCAAGAUUGAUCUAGAGAAGAUAUGCCAGUGGUUGAAGCAAGCUGAUAUAGUCACAUUUCCUGAAAUAAACUUAAUGGUUGGAGAUGCUGAGUUGGAAGCACAGCUACUGAAGUACCAACUGAUAGUUGAGCAGGCAAUUGAAUAUGAAAACCUCCUCCUGAUUGUGCAAAGAGCUGGCCAGGAAAUAUUGCCUACCCUGAAUGAGGUGGAUCACUGCUAUUUGGAUGAAAAACUCAACACCAUGCCACAGCAAUAUAAUGGCAUAUUGGCUGCAGCCAAAGAGAAACAGGAGAAAAUCCAGCAGGCCAUUCUUACAAGAAAUGAGUACACCUCUUUUAUAGAUGUUACUCACAAGGCACUUAAAGAGCUUGAAGAACAGUUUAACAGUCUGGGCACUCAGCCUGUAGGGCUGAAAACAGAAGAAGUUGUCAGUUUGCAGAGUGAUUACAAGGCAAUUCAGGAAGAUCUGAGUAACCUUGGCUUAGCUGUGAGUGAACUUAACCAGAAGAAAGAGGGGUUUCGUAGCACAGGUCAACCGUGGCGCCCAGAGGAAAUGACCCAGCUUGUGAGCCUAUACAACGGCCUGAAGAGGCUGGUGGAACAGAAAGUAGAGCAUCUUGAUGAAACCUUGGAGUCAUUUGAGGACCACAAGGCCAUGGCUAUGCAGGUGGACUCUGAGUUAAAGGCCACAAAAGAGCAGCUGGUUAAGGUCAAUGCAGAAACUCAGUCAGCUGAGGAGAGGCUGAAGAACUACCACGCUUUGGCAGGGAGCCUCCAGAGCGCCGAUUCCCACUUAUCACGGCUCAUGGAACAAAUGGACACCCUUGCACCUCGUGUUGACCAAGCGGCCCAUGACGCCUCUAAGGAGCAAGUGGUGCUGUGGCAGGAGGAGCUGCGGUCUUUGCAGACUGCAGUGGGCGAGCUGAUAGAAGAGUGUGAGAACAGGUUUAUUCAAAGUAAAGACUUCGAGACAGAGAUGAAGAGGACCCUGGACUGGCUGCAGAAGGUCAGGGAUGAGCUGGGCUGUGCUGUGAUUGUGGAUGUGAGGGUGGAGAAGGUGCAAGAGGAGAUCAGGAAGCAGCAAAUCAUGCAGGAGGAAGUGCAAUCCAGACUGAGAAUCGUGGCCGCUCUUAGUAGCAGGGAGAAACAACAGUAUAUUAGUGCCAAUGAGCUGGUUCCAGCCCACGUAGAUACGAGCUUGGAAGAAAUGGCAAAGCUGCAGGCUGAUGUUCAAAAAGCACUGAGUGCAAAACAGAUCACUCUGGAAGAAGCUCUGGUGCUGUGCCAGAAGUACCACUUCAGGAUGCAGUCGGCCUGUGAAUGGCUGGAGGAUGCCGUGUCCUUCCUGCAGCAAGCCAGUCUGGGUGUGGACGUAGAGAACUAUGAGGACUGCCUCCAGCAGCAGGAAGACAUUGUUGCUACAGAGCAGGAGUUUCUCCUCCACUUGGAGGAGCUGCAGGCGCUGCUGCCACAGCUGGAGAACUUGGUGAAUCCUACGGCUAAGGAGCAGCUACGCGUGAGUGUCGAGUCAGCAAAGCAGAGAGGCGUGGAGGUCCGGGAUCAGCUCCAGUGUCACCACGAUGUUCUUCAUAGCUGUGUGGCUCAGUGGAAAUCAUACCAGGAGGCACGUCAGACUGUCAUUGAGCUUAUGAAUGAAGCUGAAAAGAAGCUGACUGAAUUUUCCACUGCAAAGGCAGCCACAAACCAAGAGGCUGAAGAAAAGCUCUGCAGCCACCGGUCUCUUGUGUCACUGGUUAACGGCUUCCAAGAGAAACUGAGCGGUUUAGAGGAGCAAGCUGCUCAGCUGGAGCUGGUGGGAAGUGAUGCCAGUAAGGCCACCAUUAGUCGUUCUAUGACCACUGUUUGGCAGCGCUGGACACGACUGCGCAGCGUGGCCCGGGGUCAAGAGCGAGUACUUGAAGACACUGCACAAGACUGGUGGACUUUUAGGGAAAAGAUGGUGAAGGUUAAAGCAGUCGUGGACGAGCUCCAGAGUCGAUUUCCUGACAGUGCUGUGGAGAAGGCUUCCAAGGCAACCCUUCAGUCACUGUUAGAUCAGCAUGACCUUCUGAGUCAAGAUUUGGAGAGAGAGCUGUCCUCUCUGACGCUGCUCCGGCAGUAUGCCCUGAGCCUGCUGCAUGACGUGGAGGUGCCGUCACCAACAAGUGAACAGGACGAGCUUCCCAGCCUAAAGGAGAUCAGAGCUGUACAAUAUCAAAUGGAGAGCCUUCUGACACAAUCGAGGACCAAGCGGGCUCAGGCAGCACAGGAGCUGAGAGACAGAGAGGAGGUGGAGAAGGAACUCAGUGUGGUAAAAGCCUGGAUCCAGGAGACCAGGGAGUUUCUUCUCAAUCCAACACCAGACAUUGAUUCUCAACUGCAGGAGCUGGAGGUGGUGCAUGGGGAUGUUAUCACCUAUUGUCAGAAUGUUGAGAAACUAGCAGAGCAACAACAGAGCAAGUAUCUGGACCUCUACACUAUACUGCCCUCGGAAAUAUCUAUGCAGCUGGCUGAGGUGUCCCUUGCCCUGGGUGCCAUUGAGGAUCAGGUUCUUUCCAAAGAAAGGGAAAUUCAGAAAACUAGAGACAUAAAAGAAGACUUCAGCAUCAGAAUUCGUGACAUCUCUGAGAAACUCAAAGCUGUGUCUGCGAAAUUCAAGGAAAAGUCCCCAGAUGUUGAUCACGCUAAAGAAGAGGUCAAGAGCCUGGCUGAGGACCUGGACUCCUGCGGUCGCACUCUCUCUGAGCUGGAUUCUGCAGUACAAGAGUUUGGCCGCAGGAGCCCACUGCUGGCUAAACAGCUUAGUGAUGCCAUCAGCAGGCUAUCGGAGAUGCAUCACCACACUACACGACUGGCGGACUGUAGGAACAACUGGCUCAAAAAGGCUGUCUGCUAUUUAGAUGAGUAUAAUGAGAUGCUGGACUUUAUUGUGAGAUGGUCGGAAAAAGCCAAAAGUCUGGUGAGGGCAAACAUCAUCUGGAACUCCUAUGUUCAUCUGCAGGAGCAGAUACGGAUGUACCAAAGUGUCCUCCGUGAGUCUCGGGAGCUCCACGGAGAUCUGGAAUCAAUGGCAGAAAAAGUGGAGCUUCUCUCUGAGGUGCUGCAGGUCGAGUCGAUGAGCCAGCAAGUGUGUGAACUCAGUCGACACUCUGAGGAGUUACAGCAAAACAUCAAGACACGCCUGCAGAGCUUAGAGGAUGCAGAUAAGAGUAUGGAGGCCCUUGAGUCUGAAGUGAAGGCUCUGCAUGUUGCUCUGGAGCAAGUCCAAGCCACGUUGACCUCACCAGAAUUGGCACGACAGAGCCUUAAAGAGCAGCUGGCUCAGAGACAGCGUCUUUUGGCAGAUAUGGAGGGCUUCAAGCAGCAGGUACAGGCAGUGCAGCUGUGUCAGAGUGCUCUGCGGGUCCCAGAAGAGGUGAUGCCCAGCCUCGCCAUCUGUCGCACAGCUCUGCGUCUGCAGCAAGACGCCAGCCAGCUGCAGCACGUGGCCAUUCAGCAGUGUAACAUUUUACAGGAGGCUGUUGUGCAGCACGAGCAAUAUGAACAGGAAGUGAGAGAUCUACAGGGGCUGAUAGAGGAAGCACACCGUGUCAUCCAGGACCGACCAAUCCCCACUAAUAACAUCCAAGAGCUGCAGGCCCAGAUCCUUCACCAUGAGGAACUUGCUCAGAAGAUUAAAGGAUACCAAGAGCAAAUUGCUUCACUGAACUCAAAGUGCAAGAUGCUAGCGGUGAAGGCCAAGCAUGCCACCAUGCUGCUGACAGUCAGUGAUGUGGAGGGACUUCCUGACGGGCUGCAGGACAUGGAUGUGAAGAAAUCAUCAGCACAGGCCGUCAUGAUGACAGCUGGCCGCUGUCACACCCUCCUGUCCCCUGUCACUGAGGAGUCUGGGGAGGAGGGCACCAACAGUGAGGUGUCUUCUCCUCCUGUCUGUCGCUCUCCUUCUCCCAUCACUUACACUGAAGCCACUAUAAGCAAGAUGGGAAGAGGAACACUCACAAGAGCUCCCAUCCAGGAGUUAUAUGACCCAACAUUUGAAUCUGUUGCAAGCUUAGAUGACUUGCAACGCUCAUGGGAGACAUUAAAGAAUGUGAUUAGCGAGAAGCAGAGGUCUUUGUAUGAAGCCCUGGAAAAGCAACAGCAUUACCAGAGUUCACUCCAGUCAAUAUCUUCUAAAAUGGAGGCCCUGGAGGCCAAACUGAGUGAGCCUCUUGAGGCAGAUAAAAGCCCAGAUAGCCACCUUAAGUCACAUGAGGGUCUGACAGAGGAGAUACUGAGUGUGCAGGAAGAAAUAGAAAAGUUGCAGACAAGCUUCACAGAGGACCUGGCCUCUGAUGCUGUAGACUCAGACAUGGCUGACCAGCUGGCCAUGCAGUCCUCCCUUGCUGUGUUAGCUGAGAGGAUGGCGACCAUACACAUGAAGGCAUCAGGAAAGCAACAACUAUUAGAGGAGCGUGUGAGUGACCGUUUGGAGGGUCAGCGUCAGGAACAGGCUGUACGGCUUUGUUACGCUAAGGCAGACGAACUAGACCAGUGGUUCAUUGCAAUGCACAGUGCCAUCACCUCUAUGCUUGAGCCUAAACCUCUGGGGGACUUAAAUAUGGAGGAUCAGCUUGCUAACUGUCAGAACAUGCUGCUGGAAAUUGAAGAAAAGGUCCUGGCCCUGUCGGAGCUGUCCAUGCACAGUGAGACCCUCAUGCUGGAGGGCCGAAUGGAAACCAGAGAGGAAGCUGAGCAGCUAGCCAGGAAGUUACACACGCUGAAGGGUGGGUUGUUGGAGCUGCAGAGAAUGUUACAAGACAAGCAGAUAAACAUCCAGGGAUCCCUGCAAGAGCAGGAGGACAGUGAAUCAGACUCCAGUCUCUCUCAGAGUCCCAAUAUACAGGACUGGCUGGCUGAGGCUCAAAAUACUCGCUCCCAGCAACACCAGGACAGUCUGGAAAGGCAGAGGGAGCUGGAGGAGCAGCUCGCAGAGCAGAAGAAGCUGCUUCUGUCAGUUGCUAGCAGGGGAGAGGAGAUUCUCAUUCGGCAGGCCUCUCCCAACAGUGCCAGCACAACAGAACCAUUUUCACCUGCAGCUUUGGUUGAGAGGGAGACUCAGGCUGCACGAGAACAGUUCAGACAGCGAUGGGAGAGCCUGAGAUUAGAGCUUAAAACCAAACUGCAGCUCCUUCAGAAAACCCUGGAGCAGGACCAUAAGCAGCCGGUUUAUUCCAGAGCCAGUCGUGUGUCCACAGCUGGAUCUCUGUUUAAAGGAGAGACACAUGUUGACCAAACAUCCCUGAAGACUUUGUAUGAUAACUUCAGACAGGCAAUCGAUGACAUGACCACUCAGUCUGGUAGUGGCGAGACACAGGUGGGGCAGAUGGAGCAGCAGCUCUACACAGCUGUGUCAUCUACCUGCUCCUGGCUGGAUGGUGUGGAGAACAACGUCUUCUCUGGCUCAGUCUUAUUGGCUGAAAAUGCAGAAACACAGCUACAGAAGCAGGAGACCUUGGAGAGUGAUGUGAGGCAUGUGGUGGAGGAGGUGAAGGUCAGCCAGGCUCUGCUUGCCGGGUCUGGAGAGUUGAGACACGAAGAUCGGGUCCUGCUGGAGGACAACCUCGACUGUCUGAAGGAGAGAUUGGGAGCUCUGGGUUGUGCUUUGGGACAACGCUGUAAAUGCAUGAGGACCCGGGUACAUGAGCUCACAGCCUAUCAGACUGAAUUACAGCUACUCCAAACUGCUUUCAUUGAGACAAAGUGUCAGAUCCUACAGGCUUUGGCCGGAGCCAUGGAUAGACCAGCUUCCAAACAGCUGGAGGUUAUUACUAGUGCAGAGGAGAGCUUAAAACACUUUGAACAGAAAAUAACAGAGCUCAAAACCAGAGGAGCAGUACUACAGGCAGAUCAGAUAUCAACAAACAAACUGCUGAAGCUCCAGGAUUCUUAUGAGGAGCUCAUGAUGACAGUAGGUUCCCGCAGCAGUGGACUGAACCAGAACAUGGCUCUAAAGCAACAGUAUGAACGUGCUCUGCAGGACCUGACCGACCUGGUGGACACAGCUAAGGACAAGAUGGCUGCUGAUCAGAGGAUCAUUGCCAGUUCCGUGGACGAAGUGCAGAAUCACUUGGACAAGCAUAAGGAGUUCUUCCAGGGUUUGGAGUCUCACAUGAUCUUGACAGAAACAUACUUCAGGAAGGUGAGUGGCCUGAUGGUCCCCAAAGAGAGAGAGACCUUGGAGGAGACGCUGGCCGAGGCUCAGAGCGUGCUCAAGGAGGCGCACAGUAAAGGAGUUGAGCUGGAGCGCAUCCUGGAGACUUGGUGCCGCUUGGUGCAGGAUUACCAGAGUCUGAAUCGCCAUCUGGAGGCUGUUGAAGGAAGUAUCCCAUGUGUUGGCCUGGUGGAGGAGACGGAGGAAAGGCUCGUAGACAGAAUCUCCUUGUAUCAGGGUCUGAAAGGCCGACUGACAGAGCACCAGCACAAGCUGCAUCAAGUACUGGAUGAAGGUAAACAUCUCCUGCUGUCAGUGUGCUGCCCUGCUCUAGAGAAUCAACUUGCACUGCUGGGAGAACACUGGCUCAACAACACCAGCAAGGUCAACAAGGAACUACAACGCCUUGAGGCCAUCCUGAAACACUGGACCAGGUACCAGCGGGAGUGUGCAGAGAUUAGUGAGUGGCUGCAGUCUGCUCUGGAACGCCUGGAGUUCUGGAACACACAGGCAGUGUUAGUCCCACAGGAGCUGGAGACUGUUAGAGAUCAUCUCUCUGCGUUUUUGGAGUUUUCAAAGGAGGUUGAGGGCAAAUCCAGCCUGAAGACCUCAGUAGUAACUGAGGGAAACCAGCUACUGCGCCUUAAAAAAGUGGACACUGUGGUGCUGCGCUCUGACCUGGCUCGCAUCGACACUCAGUGGGCUGAGUUACUGACACGCAUCCCAGUGGUCCAGGAGAAGCUGCAUCAGAUCCAAAUGGAAAAGUUGGCCUCCCGUCAUGCUAUUUCUGAGCUGUUUAACUGGAUAUCCUUGAUGGAGAAUGUGAUUGAAGAGGAUGAAGAAAACCUAAAGAGUGCAGUGGGAUCAAGUGUGAUUCAAGACUAUUUGCAGAAAUACAAGGGCUUUAGGGUGGAUUUAAGCUGUAAACAGCUGACAGUAGACUUUGUCAACCAGUCAGUGCUGCAAAUCACUGGUCAAGAUGUGGAGGGCAAGCGCGGUGAUAAGACAGACUUUGCUGAGCGCCUGGGAGCCAUGAACCGACGAUGGCAGAUCCUCCAAGGCCGCAUCAAUGAAAGGAUCCAGUUCCUGGAGAGCCUUUUGGAAAUGUGGCUGGAGUAUGAGAGCAGUGUUCAGGCCCUAAAAUCUUGGAUGGCAACUCAGGAAGAAAGGUUAAAAAGGAAACACAGAAUCGAGGAUUUAACAUCUGUGCAGAAUGCUCUUAAAGACUGUCAGGAUAUGGAGGAGUUGGUGAAAGAAAAGGAGAAAGACCUGGAGAGGGUGGAGGAGCAGGGUUGUGCCCUUGUCCAGAACAAGACAGAUGAAGCCUGCGCUAUUGUCAUGGAGACACUCCAGGGAGUCAAUCACACCUGGGCUAACCUGGACCACUUGAUAGGGCAACUUAAGAUCAGCCUGAAGUCAGUGUCAGAUCAGUGGAGCCUCUACAAGCGGGCUUCAGAAGAGAUCAAUGGCUACCUGAUGGAAGGAAGGUACUCUGUGUCUCGCUUUCGUCUCCUCACAGGCUCCUUGGAGGCUGUUCAGUUGCAGGUGCACAGUCUGCAGGAUUUGCAAGUGGAACUGGAGAAACAGGAGAGCAGUCUACGAAGGUUUGGUGCUGUGACCCACCAACUGCUGAAAGAGUGUCACCCCUCAGUGUCAGACUCUCUAAACAACGCCCUUAAGGACGUCAAUGCAAGAUGGGCUGGCCUACUGGAAGAGAUUGCAGAGCGCCUGAGAAGCAGCAAGGCCCUGCUUCAGCUGUGGCAGCGCUACAAGGAGCUCUAUGAGCAGAGCUGCAGCAAUGUUCAGCUGCAAGAGGAAAAGUCAGAUCAGCUCCUCAAGACUGCCUGCAGCAAGGACAUUGCUGAUGAAGAAGUGUCCGACUGGAUCCAUGAAUGCAGCGAGCUGCUCCGAUCUCAGGCUCCAGUCCAGGCCUCCCUGCAGGUUCUCCAAGAACUGGGAGAUCAGCUGAAACAGCAGGUGGACACAUCAGCAGCAUCUGCCAUUCAGUCAGAUCACCUCUCUCUCAACAAACGGCUGACUGCUGUGGAGCAGGCUCUUAGCAGACAACUUACCACCAUGCAGACUGGAGUGCAAGAUUAUGAGAUCUUUAAUGAUCAGCUGGAUUCACUGGGAGCUUGGAUAGUUGAAGCUGAGGAGGCUCUGAAGUUGCAAGAUCCCAAUGGCUCCACUGACCUGACAGCCAUCCAGGAUCGCAUGGAGGAGCUCAAGAAACUCAUGCUAAAAUUCAGCGGCAUGUCCCCUGAAUUGGAACGUCUUAAUGAGCUUGGUUACCGGCUGCCUCUCAAUGAUUCUGAAAUCAAACGCAUGCAGAACCUGAACAGGAGCUGGUCAACAGCCUCAGCACAGACCACAGAGAGAUUCAGCAAACUCCAGUCCUUCUUGCUACAGCAGCAAACCUUCCUGGAGAAGUGUGAAACCUGGAUGGAGUUUUUGGUCCAAACUGAAGAGAAUCUGGCAGUGGAAAUUUCUGGGAACUACCAGAGUCUGAUUGAGCAGCAAAAAGCCCAUGAGUUAUUUCAAGCUGAGAUGUUCAGUAGACAACAGAUCCUACACUCCAUCAUCAGUGAUGGACAGCGGAUGUUGGAGCAGGGACAAGUAGAUGACAGAGAUGAGUUCAACCUGAAGCUGGCUCUUCUGAGUAACCAGUGGCAGGGAGUUGUUCGGCGGGCUCAGCAGAGACGGGGCAUCAUUGAUGGCCUCAUCCGUCAGUGGCAGCGCUACAGAGAAAUGGUGGAGAAGUUGCGCAAAUGGCUGUCGGAGGUCUCCCAGCCUGCAGAGAUCCCUAAGGCAGGGGCCACAGUGCCUCUACAACAAGCCCGCUCCAUGCUGGAUGCCGUCCAGCUGAAGGAAAAGGUGCUGCACCGUCAGCAGGGGAGUUACAUCCUGACGGUGGAAGCUGGCAGACAACUGCUCCUGUCAGCUGAUAGCCGGGCAGAAGUGGCUCUGCAGGCAGAGCUUACGGAUAUCCAGGAGCGAUGGAAGAACGCCAGCAUCUGCCUGGACGAACAGAAGAAAGAGCUUUCCACUGUGUUAAAGGACUGGGAGAGGUGUGAGAGAGGGAUUGGUGGGUCACUGGAGAAACUUCGAGCCUUCAAGCGACAGCUCUCUCAGCCACUUCCUGAUCACCACGAGGAUCUGCAAGCUGAGCAGAUGCGCUGCAAGGACUUGGAGAACACGUUCGAUGGCUGGACAGGGGAUCUGGCCCAUCUGACGGUGCUGAGAGAGUCUCUGUCUUGCUACAUCAGUGCUGAGGACCUUUCGGUCCUUCAGGAACGAAUUGCUCUGCUUCAUCGACAGUGGGAGGAAAUCUGUCACCAGCUGUCCCUGCGCAGGCAGCAAGUAAGCGAGAAGCUGAAUGAGUGGACGGUAUUCAACGACAAGUACAAGGAGCUCUGCGAGUGGCUCACCAACAUGGAGAGCAAGGUCUCCCAGAACGGAGACAUCAGUAUUGAAGAGAUGAUUGAGAAGCUUCGCAAGGACUAUCAGGAGGAAAUCACUGUGGCUGAGGAGAACAAGCUGCACCUGCACCAGCUGGGAGAACGUCUGGCCAGGGCCAGCCACCAGAGCAAAGCUACUGAGAUUGAACAUAAACUCAACAAAGUCAGUGACCGCUGGCAGCACCUCCUGGAUCUCAUCGGAGCCAGAGUGAAGAAGCUGAGAGAGACUCUGGUGGCUGUGCAGCAGCUGGAUAAGAAUAUGAGCAGCCUUCGCUCUUGGUUGGCCCACAUUGAGACGGAACUAUCUAAACCCAUCGCCUAUGACUCCUGUGACUUCCAGGAGAUUCAGAGGAAGCUUGAUCUGCAGCAGGAGCUUCAGCGUGACAUAGAGAAACACAGCACAGGAGUGGCGUCUGUCCUAAAUCUGUGCGAGGUGCUUCUGCACGACUGCGACGCCUGUGCCACUGAUGCGGAGUGCGACUCCAUCCAGCAGGCAACUCGCAGCCUGGAUCGUCGCUGGAGGAGCAUUUGUGCCUUGUCCAUGGAGAGGAGACUCAAGAUUGAGGAGACUUGGCGUUUAUGGCAGAAAUUCCUUGAAGACUUCGCACGAUUUGAAGAGUGGCUGGCCACUUCAGAAAAGACUGCUGCUCUGCCCAACUCCUCUGGCGUUCUGUACACUGUAGCCAAGGAGGAACUUAAGAAAUUUGAGGCCUUCCAGAGGCAAGUCCACGAAAGCCUGACCCAGCUAGAGCUCAUCAACAAGCAAUAUCGUCGACUAGCCAGAGAAAACCGCACCGACUCCUCCUGCCACCUGAGAGAGAUGGCUCAUGACGCCAAUCAGAGAUGGGACAACCUGCAGAAGAGGGUGGCCUCCAUCCUCCGCAGGCUUAAGCACUUUAUUAGUCAGAGAGAGGAGUUUGAGACAGCAAGAGAUGGCAUCCUGGUGUGGCUGACAGAGAUGGACCUGCAGCUUACCAACAUCGAGCACUUCUCCGAGUGUGACAUUCAGGCUAAGAUCAAACAACUAAGGUCGUUUCAGCAGGAGAUUUCCCUGACAACAGCCAAGAUUGAGCACAUCUUCCACCAAGGAGAGGCCCUUAUAGAGAAGUGUGAGCCUCUAGAUGCCGCUGUCAUAGAGGAGGAGCUGGAGGAGCUGCAGCGCUAUUGUCAAGAAGUGUUUGGUCGUGUGGAGCGCUACUACAAAAAGCUGAUUCGACUUCCACUUGCAGAUGAUGAUACAGAAGUGUCAUUGUCGGAUCGCGAGCUGGAGCUAGACGAGCCCGGCGAUUUGUCCAGCCUGCCUUGGAGCGAGCGCUUUGGCGACGGCUUCUUGUCGCCUCUGCCGUCCUCUGGCCGUUCGGCCUCCCUGGCCGCGCAGCUCCGGACCGAGCGAUCGGGCAGAGACACCCCAGCCAGCGUGGACUCCAUCCCCCUGGAGUGGGACCAUGACUAUGACCUGAGCCGUGGCCUGGAGAGCGCCAGCCGGGCGCUGAGAGAGCAGCAGAGUGAAGAGGGAGAAUUCCUGCAGCGUCCUGCCUCUAACUUGUCAGAUGUAGUGAUCCCAGAGAGCCCAGAGGCCUAUGUUAAACUAACAGAACAAACACUGAGGUCCUCCACUGGGGAGGUUGCAGCUACAGACUCGCAUCUUCACCCUCUGGACCGUUUCCAGCUACAACAAACAGAGAGCAGUCGCAGCCGCACGGAACUGGAUGGCUCAUACAUGGGAUAUAUGCGACUGUUGGGUGAGUGUCGUGGCAGCAUCGAUACAGUGAAGAGGAUGGGUGUUGAGCUGAAAGAAGAGGAGGACACAGUGUCUGGACUGGCAGACCCAAGUAGCUCAGAGUCCCAGACAUCAGGAGUGAUUGAGCGCUGGGAACUCCUGCAGGCUCAGGACCUCAGCAAAGAGAUCCGCACCAAGCAGAGCCAGCAGCAGUGGCAGCAGCUGAACUCUGACCUGAACAAUGUCUGGAUGUGGCUGGCAGAGACCGAGGACGAGCUGGAGCAGCAGCGGCGGCUGGACCUCAGCACAGACAUCCAGACAAUUGAGAUGCGCAUCAAAAAGCUCAAGGAGCUGCAGAAGGCCUAUGACAAGCGCAAGGCUAUUGUCCUGUCCAUCAACCUGUGCAGUGCUGAGUUUGUGCAGUCAGACUCUGAUGAGUCCCGAGAGCUUCAGGUCAAACUGAAAGACAUGAACAACCACUGGGACAAACUGGGCACCUCACUGGAUGACUGGAGGUCUUCCUUACAACAAGCCCUCAUGCAGUGUCAAGACUUCCAUGAGAUGAGUCACGGUUUGCUUCUCUGGUUGGAAAACAUCGACCGCAGGAGGAACGAGGUGGUUCCUAUUGACCCUAUCCAGGACAGUGAUACGCUCCAUGGCCAUCACAGAACACUUAUGCAAAUUCGCCAGGAGCUGCUGGACUCGCAGCUGAAGGUUGCCUCACUUCAAGACAUGUCCCUCCAGUUGCUGGUCAACUCUCAAGGCAGCGACUGCCUGGAGGCCAAAGAGAAGGUUCAUGUUAUUGGGAACCGCCUCAAACUGCUGCUGAAAGAAGUAACCAGAGACCUCAGAGAGCUGGCCAAGAUCCUGGACAUCACCAGCAGUCAGCAGGAUCUGUCUUCCUGGUCCUCUGCUGAUGAGUUGGACACGUCUGGGUCCCUCAGUCCUGUAUCAGGACGGAGCACGCCGAGUCGGCGACGAUCGCAACGGGGCAAAUGUAGUCUGUCACAGCCUGGACCCUCUGUGAGCAGUCCACACCACAGGUCUCACAGCGGCGCUGGAUCCGCUUCCUUCCCUUCUGAUCCGGAGACGUCGGGUCGACGGUCGCCGUUGCUGCGGCGUGUCCUCUGGGCCGCGUUGCCUUUCCAGCUCCUCCUGCUCCUCCUGCUGAUCUUUGCCUUCCUGCUGCCACUCUCCGAGGAGGACUACUGCUCCCAGUCCAACAACUUUGCUCACUCCUUCUACCCGAUGCUCAGCUACAAAAAUGGACCACCUCCAGUGUAGGCUGCCAGAAGGAGCACUUGUGUCUGGACUGCAUCUCAAUUAGAGUUUAACCUUAAGUGAUGGGAGCAAAAAACUAAUCUUGGUCAUCCAUUUGUAUGGCAGAAACACUUCUGUCCUCUACAUUUAAUUUCUGUGUGUAGCACAUAGGAUUAAACAUCUGUGUGUAAUGCUGUGUCAAUUAAAGAGCAUCUUUGGUGCAGCAAGACUGAAGAAAUAGUUUUUGGCCACACUGAACAUCAGCUGGAAGAAUGAACUACAUACAACUGUGGAAUUUCUCUGAGGAGGACCCCUAGUGAAUAGCACCAAAGUUAAAUGCUGAUAGCCUGUGAAUUAGCUCGUUUGUUAAAAAAUAUUCAGUACAGUAUAUCAUUGCAAUUAUUUUUGUACCUGUAUUUUUGGCAUGCAGUUCUGACCUUUGCUUUUUAUUCACUGACACCCUUCAGUGUGUGUGUGUGUGUGUGUGUGUGUGUGUGUGUGUGUGUGUGUGUGUGUGUGUUCGCACGUGUGUUGAACAGUCUAAUUUUAACUCAAAUUACAACUAUUCAUGGAAAAUUAAUUUAAGCCAAGAUGUGUUUUCAUAUCAGUCAGAGACAGUUUAAAAGUUUAACCUUUAAAAUCAGCCAUCCAUGGUCUUUAUACAUGUUGCUGUUUAAUUUUUUUAAAUAUGAAAAAGAACUUUGAGAUGAAGAAUUAUGACCUAUAGAAAUAAUGUAAUUUUUGUAUGACUGUCAGUUAAAUAUCAAAUGUAUAACAGUCCUGUAUUAUUUAACAUGUAUAUAAAAUAAUGAGAAAUGUAUGUAUAUGCGAUCAUCAAAUCAAUGAAUGCCAAAUCCUCA